GGUUGUAGUAUUGGAAUACCGAUUUCAAUAUGUAUUCGUAAAAUUGUGAUUUCUUCUCAAAUAAACACAAUGUCGCGUUUUUUACUGUUGAAUUUUAAAGAUUUCGGUCUGAACCAAGAUAUAACACAGACGAUUCAGUCUCAAACGCUUGCCUGUAUAUGUUGUUUGGAUUCGAAUGUACCUCUUAUCAAUUUGGCGACUUGUAAACAUGAAGUAUAUUUGCAAAAUUUCUACAAAACUGUGGCUGAUCCAACUAAGAAAGUAGUGUGUGUGGAGUGCCACAAUGUCCUGAAAAUGAUAGAAAAUUUCCGACAGCAAGUAGUGAAGAGCUUCCAGAAAUUGACUGAGGAAGCAACAUCAACACCACUUCAAAACUACAAACUCAAAAACAAGUACAAUUUGACAGAAAAGAAAACUGUGAACAUUUAUCUACCACCAGCGAAGUACACGGCAGAGAGGUGCCAACCCCAACCACCGAUACACAAGAUUGUGAAGAAAGAGCCAGAGUCUGUGGAGCCCGCGUUGCCAGUGGUGAAAAUUAAGGCGGAGCCGGUUGAGAGUGAGAGAGAAACGGUUGAGAUAGAAAUAGUUCCUGUGAAGAAGCAGGAGGAAAAUAAAGCCCCGCCAGACAAGAACCCAGCUGUCAGAACGGUGACAUUGACCAAAGAGGAAUUAGUACUCGAGCGCUUAAAACUGGCCCAGUCCCCGGCGUACCUGAAGCUCCCAUAUCGCUGCGAAAGCUGCGUCGUCGGGUUCAACUAUGAGGAGAAUAUACAGGACCAUAUGAAGAGGAAGCAUGGCCCAAAAGUGGGCAGCGUGACUUGUGACGUGUGCUUGGCAGUGUUGUACCCGCCUGGCAGCCUCGCCGCGCACAUGUUCCGACACCUCACCAGGUACGAGUGUGUGAAGUGCGACGCGCGUUACCCGACCUAUGACGACACUUUGCACCACUACAAGAAACAACAUGGCGACUGUCAUCGCUGCUCUGAGUGCCACUACACCACCGAUUCAGCGCAGAAGUUCAGGAAGCAUAAGCGUGUACACCACAAGCGGUUCACAUGCGCCGACUGCGGGGUAGUGCUCGCCACUCGUCCCAGCCUCACGAGGCACAUGGCUGUGCUACACAACAAGCGUCUCUACCGUUGCGCGCAUUGCUCCCUAACGUUCACUGACAGCGCGUUGUUCGCGACGCACAUGCGCGCGCACGGUCCGGCCGCCGCGCGCGCCGCGUGCGCGCCGUGCGGCCUGCAGUUCAAGGCGUGGCACGCGUACAACGCACACGUGUUGUACAGCACCGCGCACCGCAACCCCAGGAGGAUCGCGUGUAACCACUGCGGCAUGAAGUUCGCGACGGCUACACACCUUCGUAUGCACGUGCAGUUCAGCGACCACCCCAAGCAGACCUUCCACUGCCCCGACUGCCCCAAGGAAUUCGCAGUAGAAGCGGAAAUGAAACAACACCGCAACAUACACAAGAAACAACGGCUCAAGUCCACGGACAGGAUAUGCGACUACUGCGGACGCGUCUACACUAGUCGAGAGCAUCUCAUCCGCCACAUCCAGACGCAUCUGCAGAAGAGACAGAACGCCAAAGAACGAGCCAAGAACGCCAAGGCGACCAAAGCGAAAUAAACUAUAUUUACUAA